CGCCCUCACCUUUUCUCCCCAACACCGCUCUACAUCCCCUUUGCACCUUUCACUACAAUUUCAGCAGCUGCAGAAUCACUUUGCGACCCGAGUUGUGUUCAUCAUUAACAUGGCAGACACAGAGAACGCUGCCCAGGCGGCUCCCAACCCCACCGAGGCGCCCAAGACAGAGAGCUCGGUUGACGUCAAGGCGGAUUCGACAGGGCCCAAGACCGACGACGCUGGCGAGCAGACCUGGGAGCUCAAUGGCAAGUCCGAGGAUAAGCAGGGCCGCCGCAACGACCGCGAAGACCGCAAUGGCAGAUUCGGUCGCAACAACGACCGCCGCGACAACCGCGGAGGACGAGGCCGUGGCCGAGGCGGCUUCCAGCACAACAAUAACAACAAGAGGCGCAACACCGAGUUCGAGAACCUCCCCGAGUCGGACGAUCCAGUUGAGAUUCGCGGCCAAGUCGAGUUCUACUUUUCUUCGCAGAACCUCGCUACCGAUGAGCAUUUGUUCAAAGAGCUCGACGGCCCCAAGAAUCGCCCGGUCUCGAUCAAGCAUGUGUGCGACUUCAAGCGCAUGCGCCGCUUCCAACCCUACUCGGCCGUCGUGAACGCCCUACGUGAGAGCAAGGACCUCGUCGUUGUCGACGACGCCGAGUUCAGUCAGCCCGGAAACGAGGCUAUCAAGCGCAAGGAGCCCCUCGUCGUCGAAGCCAAAGAGAGUGAUGCCGAGAAGCCGCCCACGACCUCAGACCUCUUUUACCGACUAAAGAACGCUUCGUCCAACAGCCUCGAGACCAGCGCCUAUGUCAAGGGCUUUGGCAACGAAGAGGAUGCCGGCCAGAUUGCGCUAGAGCAGUACUUCCGCCCCUAUGGCGCUGUCAUGGUCCGCAAGCGCCGCGAAGCCGACAACACCUGGAAGGGCAGCGUCUUUGUCGAGUUCGACACCGAAGAGUCGCAGAAGCAGUUCCUCGCCCUUGACCCCAAACCCAAGUUCAACGACAACGAGCUGACCACUAUGGGCAAGAAGGAAUACGUCGAGAUGAAGUGCAAAGAGAAGGACAUUAAGCCUGAUUGGGAGCUCACGGAACAAGAGAAGUUCGAACAGCGCCAGAAACGCCGCGAAGAGAACGGCGGCGGCCGUGGCAGGGGCGGCGACCGCGGUCGCGCUGGGGGCCGUGGACGUGGGCGCGGAGGACGUGGUGGUCGUGGAGGCAACGAUCGUCGCGACCGCAACCGCUCCCGCUCUCCCCGUAGGCGCCGCGACCGUAGCGGUUCCGUCGACAGCCGCGACUGGAAUACCCGCCGUGACCGAUACCAGAAUGGCAAGGACGACCGCAGCCGCAAUGACGACAAGAAGGAGCCCAAGGAGAUUGAGCGCGAUGCCUAUGGCGUGCCUGUCGUCAAGGAUUCUCGCACCGACGCUGAGAUCGCUGCGUCCAACAAGCGCAAGGCUGGCGAUGACGACCGCGCAGAGGAGCCCAAGAAGAGCAAGGUUGAGAUCAAGCAGGACGAGUAGACCCACGGGACUCUACAUCUCCAAUCAUCUCUGUGGCUUAAGAUUACUCCCUUUUUGGCGGAGCUCUUCACUACUAUCUAUCUAUGUGUUAGAUCUCAUUGCAUGGGUGGCGUUACUACUCUUUAUCUCUAUGGUGGUCCCUAAGAUACCAUUUUGCCUGGCCGGAUGGGAGUUCUCUGGAAAAGUUUAUGGAUAACAUUUGUUCAUGUAUCUAACAUCGUCGCUAGUCUUUGUAUGACAGCUCAGUGGCGGUGAAUAGAAUCAAGGCUUUACAAAAAUCCGUCGUUUCUAUCCUUGCUUUGCUGAACUAAACAAACGUGUACUUAUUGAUUGAUUCGCAGAGCGUGUAUUGCGAUUGGAUAAGGGGACAUCUUUGGCCUACUAGCAUCAUUUGACGUCGAAGUCCAUACUAGCACGUCACCCGC